AUGGGAGAUGUCCAGGAGCUCCUAGUUGAGGUAACUCCAUCCACCACCAUCAUCUCAGGGCUUGAUGCGCUCAACAUCACCACCAGAACAGGUCACUUCCUCCUCCCCCGUGCUGAACAAGCCAAUCCACCCAAGCUGCCUCCUGCACCCAAAAUUCCCAGCCCUAUUCCUAUCACUGAUUUGCAGGUUAAGUUCGACAAGAGUUGGUCUGGAUCCCCAGAGCUAUGGCGUAAGUGGAUGACAAAACUCCGGCCGAUGCAUGAGCCCAUGUGGCGAGAGUUAGGGAUUUUGGAUGGCUUGGUUACAACCACCUGCCGGUUUAAGCGGGAUGAGACUUUACUCGUUGAGCUCGCAAUGUUCUGGUCCGCUGAGACCAAUACCUUCAUCUUCCCAUGGGGUGAGGCGACGGUAACACUUGAGGACAUGGCAGUGCUUGGGGGUUUGCCCCUCCUUGGUGGUUCUGGAAGGGACAAACCGUCGCCCGAGGUGCAGGAAGAUGCCAAAGAGUUGGAGAGACACAGGACUCUCCUCAACCAGAGCAAGUACAAGAAACCAACGUAUUCUGGGUGGGUGAAACAUUUCCUGGAGUGUGUGCCGGAAGAUGGUACUGGUGAGCAGGUCGAGCAUGCAGCUUUCCUGGCCAUGUGGCUCUCGAUGUUCGUGCUGAAAGCCCCACCGUUUGAUGUGGUGCAGGCUGAUGUUUUUAUGAUUGCUGCCCGGAUGGUGCAUGGCCAGAGCGUGGCGCUCGCACCGGCCGCCGUAGCUAGCUUGUACAGGGACCUUUCUACCCUUAAGUGCCACUUAAGCAGCAGAAAGGAAGAAACAUACAUGAUGAGGGCACCGUUGAAUGUCCUGCAGCUCUGGGUUUGGGAGCGGUUCCCAGCUUUAAGGCCUGAGAUAGUGAGCUCCCUGGAUGGUCACCACUUCCCACGGGCUGCACGGUGGGACAAUGUUCAGACAAGGCUUGAUCCCAGCACUGUCCGUGAAGAGCUCGAGUCGCCGACACAGUUCGAAUGGAUGCCCUACAGAAGUAGAAACCUUGCACGGCUGCAUGAGCGUGGCUGGGUGUCUGGUGAUGAUAUUGUACGAAGUAAAGAACUGCAGUCCUAUGCACGGUGUAUCCAUGCUUGCGAUCUCAUCGGUAUGCACUGCACCGAGAUGUACCGUCCACAUCGUGUCGCAAGGCAACUAGGAUUUGAUCAGGAUGUGCCAGGAACUGUUGCCCGUAUUCGUUCCAGUUGCAAAGAGGCAUGGAAAAGAUACGAUUUGAAACCUGAAAGCAUAACUUUUUUCAUUCCAUACUCAGAGCCAGGUACCACUGCAAACUACAUGCAUUGGUGGAAGAAGUAUUAUUCUGCUACAAGUGUUUCAAAGAAGAAGAGAGUGGCAAUUGCGAUUCAAGAAGGCACAAACACAUGCGCAGAUGCAUGCAUCAAGAGACACGGGAAGGUACGCACAAAUGGAAAAAGUCUAACAUUAGAAGUUGUUAUACUAUGA